AUGGCCUCCAUUUUCAAGCACUUUGCCAUAGGGAAGCCAUGUCUUCCCUUAUUUGGUUAAUGCUUUUGUCUUGCUCCACCUUGGUAAUCAGUACAAUAAAUGCCUCUGAUGGCAAUGCCCCACAAGACAAAAGCAUAUUCAUACUAGCUGGACAAAGUAAUAUGGCAGGCCGAGGAGGAAUCCAUGCAGGCGUCUGGGAUGGAUAUGUCCCUCCUGAAUGCCAUUCAAGUCCAAAAGUACUCCGACUCAAUUCCAAGCAUAAAUGGGAAGAGGCCCGGCCGCCUCUCCACCGCGACAUAGAUUACCUAAAAGCUUGCGGCAUAGGGCCAGGGCUGGCAUUUGCCAAUUCUGUUCUACAGAAGAACAUAAGCAUUGGGGACAUUGGCUUGGUCCCUUGUGCCGUUGGAGGAACACAGAUAAGUGAGUGGAGGCGUGGCAGCCCACUCUAUAAACAACUCCUGUCGCGGGCUCAUGCAGCAUUGCACGAUGGAGGAAUAAUUCAGGCUAUUCUAUGGUACCAAGGCGAAAGUGACACACAGAGUCAAGAGGAUGCUAAAUUAUACAAGAUGAGGUUGGCAAAGUUCUUUACCGACAUUCGAUCUGAUAUGAAGUUGCCUGAGCUACCUGUGAUCCUGGUGGCGUUGGCAUCAGCAGAAGGGCCUUAUAUAGAUGAAGUAAGAAAAGCUCAGUUGGGACUGGACCUUCGAAAUGUAAAGUGUGUUGAUGCAAAGGGAAUGGAAAUUGGGAAUGACGGGUUGCAUCUUAGCACGGAAGGCGAAGUCAAGGUUGGGCAAAUGAUGGCUGAUGCCUUUACCCAAUUUAUGGCCUGAUAUUCUUCAUAUGGGCUUCAUUCUCAGAUGGUUUAGUUGGAUAUUUUGAACAUAAUACAUAUGUAUGUAUUAAAUAUUUGCUGAAUACAAUAUUCUUAUUGGCUCCAAAUAACUAUCUUACGUGUGAUCAAUUACAUAAGAAAAUACAAAUAUAUUUGAAAUUUGAA